AAUAUAUCAUAAACUCUGUAAUUUUGCAAGGUCUGUGUUUAGCCGGCACUGACUGAGACUGAGGCAAGAACAGCUUCAGAGGUUGCCAGUUUCAUCAACAUUGCCGUUGUUCUGUUGAACAUGGUGCCAUUAUAAAGUCACAAUGAUUCGACGCCUCCCAAAUGAGGUGAAGGCUUGCCUCCGAACAGGAGUGGCUCUGACGAGUUUAGCACAGGCAGUGGAGGAGCUGGUACUCAACUCUGUGGACGCUGGCGCCACCAGUGUAGCUGUACGCAUUGAUCUCUCUUGCUUCAAGAUACAAGUGGUGGACAAUGGCUUAGGAAUCACAACUGAGCAGUUCCCACUGGUCGGGGAAAGGUACUCUACCAGUAAGUGCCACACAAUGGAAGACCUUGAGCAUCUUAACUACUUUGGUUACCGUGGAGAAGCUUUGGCCAGUUUACGAAGUGCUUCAUCUUUUCUGGAGGUGACAUCGAGAGCUAAAUCGUCUAGUGUCACUUUUUCUAAAUGUUUUCAGAAAGGCCAAGCCUUCGAUGUACUGCAGUCUUCUGUGGCCCGCCCUUCCCCGGGCACCACUGUGACCGCUCAUGACCUCUUCUACAAUCUGCCUGUCAGGAGGAAAAGACUUCAUGCUGACUUGGAGAUGGAGAGGAUACGUUAUCGUGUUGCAGGGAUCGCAUUGGUGUGGCCUCGCAUCAGCUUCAGCCUGCGGGAUGACGCAAUAGGCCAUGUGUUGUUGCAGACACACAAGUGUAGUGGGCUUGUGUCCUCCUUCUCCUGUCUGUUCUCACCCGCUCGUGCUCGCCCUUUGAUGGAAGUCAGCGCUGAGAGAGAUGAGUUCAAACUCUCUGGGAUUGUCAGCAAGGAGAGCUACAGUCGCAAAAAUCUCCAGUUUGUUUAUGUCAAUAAAAGACUGGUCCUAAAAUCUAGUAUUCAUCGGCAAAUCAAUAAGAUACUCUCCCGAUCAUUAAUUUUGAAAAGAAAAGGAUCAAACAUUGAUGCUUUGGAAAAGAUGGCAACUGAGGAUGGGAAAGGUAACUCAGGGAGCCCAGUGAAGUCCGCAGAGAGAUUUGGGAUUUAUGUUCUCAAUGUGGAGUGUCCUUUCAGUGCUUAUGACAUUACUUUUGAUCCAGCCAAGACAUUGGUAGAGUUUAAAGAUUGGCCUAAGCUCAUCCAUCUCCUUCAGGACAUGCUUUAUGGAUUCUUGCGAACAGAAAAUCUUAUCUCAGUUUCAGAACCUUUGCUUUCAGGGCCAUUUCCCACCAAUGAAAAGGAAUAUAAAGAUGAUGACAUUGUGGAUGCAGAUGUUGAGAGUGAUAGUAGUCCAAGCGAGUCCGUCUCUUCUUUUCAACCUCUCGAUAUUGACUUUCGUGAUGAUCCGAACCAAAAGGCAAUAGGUUUAAUGAAAUCGUUUGGAAGAAAUAGCUGUAUGGACAGUUCCGAGACAUUCUUACAGUCUAAGUCUGUGAAAAGACCAAAGCAAGUUGUUGAAAGAGAUCAAAAGGAUGCUAAUGACUUUAUGGGGGAGUUCAAUGGCAGGUCAAGCCCAAAGUCUAUGACUGGCAGUUCACAACAAAGUCAUGCAGUAGCUGUGGGUCACUCCGAAGAUGUUUGCACUGUGACCACUGGCAGUUCUGGGAAGGCGCAGGAUGCUCAAGCGCCUUGCUGUGAAACAAGUUGUGGAGAAAACACAGUAAGGGUUAGCUGCCUGUCUACUCAACCAAUUAAGUCCCCUCCAGAGCCAAACAAUGAUGCUAAGAAUCAGCAGUUGGGUGACGAAGCUUAUCACAUCGCUUCACAUAAUCCAUGUAAAGACAGACCUUCACUCUCAGAGAACACCCCUGACAGAGCUGGAAAGGCUUUCCCUCUCACGCUGAACCCUCCACUUCCAAGGUUUACAAGACGCAGCUUGAGUUUUCCAAACUCUGAAUCACCAACAGCCCCUUGUCAGUCUGUUGUCUCCAAAGGUUUUGAUCAGUGUCAGUUGCUUGUAGGGAGCAAAAGACGAAUGUCAAGUGAAGACCCCGUUGGACAUGGCCUCACUUUACAGAAAAAUAAUGCAAUCAAAUCACAGGAGCCAAUCACUUUAGCAAAGUCAAGAUCUGUGUCAUAUUCCUCGAGUCUGCAGAGCUGUCGUCGUGUGAGGACCGCACCUGAGAAGAUGUCAGAUGUGGUGACAAACACAUUACAAGAUCUGAGACAAUCCUUAAAGCAGUCAAGAAAUGCCAUGCUAAGAAACAGCUUUAAAACUCCUGAGAGAGCAUCACGCAAAAGACUGGAUGAUAUUGAUCCUGCACCUCAGAUCAAGCUGUCGAGGACAACUCAUGGAGAAGAGCACAGCGUGUCUCAACAAGAAAGUUCAAGAGCUUUUGAAUCUUUCUCCUUUGGUUUACCAGCCUCAGGACUGCUCAACGAUAAGAAUAAGAGCUGUUCCAUGUCCUCCCGUGACAGUGUAACCAAACUCGAAGCGCCUCAGCUUGACCAAAGACAGGAAGUUUCUAGUGUGCACUGCUCCGCCAUUCCGUCAAAGCGAUUGUCCCAACGUGUGAGUCAUGCCUCGAAGCUAGCCCGUUUGAUGCGAGGAGAGACAGUUCAUUCUGGCAUUGUGGACGAAAAAGGUCAAAGUCAAGAUUGUGGGCGGUCGAGACACACUAAGCUCUUACAGUCUUUCCGCUAUGGCAGGUCUAGUGUUGACACUAAUAGACCACUCUCGUCACGUCAACGGACAGAAAGAUUUGAUAGAAUGUCUAUAUGUGAUGUAACUGAUGGACAGAGAGAAGGACCAGUGGGUGACAUGGAUUUCUCUGACAAGCAGGCAGUGUGUCAGUCAAGCGGGAGUCACCCUUCAAGUCAGUCCGUCACAGGAAAACGAUUGCCAUUUAGUCAAUAUCAGACACAAAUGAGUUCAGAGAACAGAGCUGAGACCAGGGACAAGUCUCCUACACUAUCCCUGGUACUGACCCUUCCUUUGAACUCCUCAAGUCAAGAUGCUCACAAAGAUGAUAAGGCUGACGUAUCACUUGCUCACUGUAGCCCUGGAAAUUGCAGCAUGGAUGGGCAGUCAGGGCAGUCAACACACGAGGAUGUCCUGAACAACAAAAAUCUCAAGUGUCCACAAUCUCAAGGGAAGUUUCCUCUUGUCUUGUCACAAGGGUUUCCCACUCACCAGGAAUGUCGCACUGUGACCCCCAUCAGUGUAAGCAGUUCUCCCCAAGAACUGGGUUGUGGAGAAAGUACCUGCCCUCCUGUGACCUCUACGAGUUCCCCACCCAGUCCACUUCCUUCUCAAGGAUUUUCAGUGCCUCAACAGACAAUAGGAGACAUAGGAGCUGCAGAUUCACUGCUGAGUCAAGCUCAGAAGAGGGAUGAAGGACAAACAUGUUCUUCUAGCCCGUCAGUUGGCUCCAGUGAGAUCUGUGAUUCAGAAGGCAGAAACACGAUCAAGUCUUCACAAGACAUUCAGGCAGGCUUUGUGUCUGAUGGUGGUCAGAUGUGUCCUGAGACGUCACUGAACUUCAUCUCCAGCUUGAGUCCCUUUGACUGUGAAGUGGGGAUACCUGAUAUAGCAGAUGCUCAGGCUGAUGAACAAAAUAGUGAGCGAGAGAAGGACAAUGUAGCUGGAGUUCCACAACCCCAGCAUCCGGUGAAUCUCCCUGACUCAAAUUGUAGAGUAUCCUGUGGCAAGGUCCAGUCUUUCAUCGAUGGCAGUACGGGGGAGGAGAGGGAAAGGUCAGUGCUCACUACUGGUCAAGUGCUUGUAGAGGGGAGAACUGUAAAUGAUACUGUGGGGCUGGCCGGUUGUGGUGAGGUGGGUGAGACAUCUAUGGGUCUGCUCUCGAAGUCCUCAUACUUCGAUGGGAACUCACUGAUUUUACGCUCACCAAUGAAUCCUUGGAGGAAUGCUUCAGGAAAAUUGUUGGCAGUGCAGAAAGAAAGAAAAGCUAUGAUUGACCUGCAGAGUAUAUCCCUGCAGAGUCAAUCGAAUGAUAAGUUUGAGGCACUGGGGUCGAAGGAGUCCCCGUCUGAGUCACGGCAGACAGUUCUAGCCUAUGAUUCUCUCAACCAAGACACUGUUCCUGACACUGAAGAAUUUCCUCCAUGGCAUAAUACAGUGCAAGUUUUUGCCUCCCAGCAGACGUAUAGCCAUGGAGGAGAGUCACAUGGGUGUGGGAAAGCAGCAGGUAAAGAGGUAGAUCUUCAGAGUAUACUCUCUCAGACCAGGGAAGUUUUUUCAAACAUAGAAAAGAUGAUGGCAAAGCCAGACGUUGUGCCUGAUAAAAAUUGGGAGCUACCCUCGUGUACAGAUCUAGAUCAGGGUUACCCAUGUGGAAGACAGAGGCUGGAGGUAUCUCUUCAGUGUGCUCAAACUGAAAUGUCAGCGUUUACAGAAGGCUGUGAUGAGGAAAAAGGGGACGACUCAUUUCCUUUUUUGAGUUCUGUUUCCACUCUUGGGAAUUGCCUCCCCGCUGCCCUUAGCCGUACAAAGUCUUUCAGCAAUGAUUUUGGUGUGAAGGACCAAAUCCAUCACAGGCUGCAUACCACGGAUGGUAAUGGACAUGAAGAUGUGCCUUAUGGGCAACUGAGCUUGAACCAGAAAGAAAACCAGGGCCCAGGGCUACUUUGCCCUAAUGUUGAAUGUGAGACAAAGGGGCUCUCUCAGGACUCAAACGUCAGCUUUCUCCCCAGGCCAGAACUUGAAUCUGCUGAAAUGGUGAAGGAGAUCAGGGAUCAUAUUGACUGUUCCUCCACUCCAUCUUUGAAGGAGGGGGUCAUCAGGGGUCAAACAGAGGACAGUGAGCAGUUUCCUGAUCAGACUUCUAACCACAGUCUAACAGCUCAAUUUUCCAGCUCCGGGGAUCAGACAUUGAUGAAGGUCAGUCUCCCUUGCAGCAACAUUCCCCCUACAUCCAAAGACAGGAUAGAUAUCACAGAGCACAACAGUCCUGUACUUUCUCGAGACAGGGAGAGUGCCUUAUUAACACUCUCUGUUCCUUCUGUGAAAGAGACUGACCAUGUUGUAGAUGAUUCUGAGUCUGAAAGAGGACAUCACGCAUCAGGUGACGGUAGCCUAGUAGCGCAAAGUGGUCACCUGCAAGGCUUGCACAGUGGCCAGGGUCAUCUCUCAUUUGGCCAAACUGGUAUGAUAGCAGGGGACUCUGAGGAUACUGGUGACCCUGACAGUAUAGUUUCUGCUGGUUCAGUAUGUGGGAGACACCCUGAGGAGGUCACAGCUGGGUGCAGAACAGCGCACAAGACUGUAAAGUGCAGUUCACCAACGUCAGGCCUUCAGGAAAUGAUGGGAGCUGGGAGUAAAUCUGCGAGCUCAGAGACAGGGAGAACAGACUCUCUUAUGGGCUGUGAUGAUGAGCCAGUGAUGGAAGUUGCCCAAGACAAUGGAGCCUUGUGGAGACGAGUCAGCGAGCAGGAUACAGGAGGUAGCGCAGUGUAUGUGAACUGUGAGUCCCUGCACUACAUGAGUGAGCACCAGUGGUUGGCUCUGCCCUCACAAGAACGGAGAGAACGGCUGGGGGAACAAGCUUCAGAAAAGGCCUCAGAGAACACUGUUGAGAGGGUUCCUGCAUCACUCAGUCUGUGUGAGGUGGCAGACCUCCAGGCCACGGUGGAUAGACAUCUCAGGCAGGAAGAGUCGGAGGCCACCUCCAAGUGGAGGGCAGGGACACGCCCGGUGUAUGAUUCAGAGGCCAGUGCUGAUGUGUCCUCUCUUUUGGCAGGCUGGAAGAAUCCUGUUUUUACAAUGUUUAAAGAGCCCUCGCUGGUGGCCGACACCCGUCGUGGGGACGCAGCUGCCCGCUCAUGUUUUGACAGCCUCAGUCUGGUUGAGUUCUCCAAGGCCAUGCUGAAUAAAGUGACGGUGAUUGGUCAGCUGGACAACAAGUUCAUUGCAUGCCUGGUGGAGAAGCCCCUGGCCAUCACAGGAACGGCGUCGACGUUGAAGUCAUCCCUCCUUGUGCUUUUUGAUCAGCACGCUGUGCAUGAGCGGGUCAGAUUGGAGUACUUGACCGCAGAUGCUUAUAAAACAAAUGUUGAAAAACCAACGGACAUGCUCAGGAGUGUAGAGAUUAUGCCAGCUCUGACUGUUGUCAUGGAUACGGAUGAUGUGCGGAUCAUGAAAGCUUUCCAGAAAGAGUUUAACAGAAUUGGUAUCAGUUUCAGAAUGGAUCGGGGUAAGAGAGACACAAUUCACAUCACGUCUGUGCCAGCCUGCAUGGUAGAGAAGGAUGUCGCUGACCUCAGGCGCAGCAAAGUGUACGGGACCCCAGAACUUAUCCAGAACCUGGUGAAAGAACACACGGAUCUGUUAAGAAACACCAACGGCGCAUGUGGCCGUCUACCUCUAGCCAUUCAUCAGAUCCUGUGCUCACAAGCAUGUCAUGGUGCUGUCAAGUUUGGCGACCCGCUGAAGACUUCUCAGUGUCGGGAUCUGCUUUCCUCGCUGUCUGCCUGUCGUCUGCCUUUUCAGUGUGCCCAUGGACGGCCUUCAGUAGCACCUAUAGUGGACUUCACCGCUCUAGAGCAGGAGAUAUCCUCUCAGAUAAGGAAGCCCAGGCUGUGGAAGAUAGCUCAACAUCUAAACCAAUAACCAGCCCUCACGCCAAUGCUGUUUCUUUCCUCUAAGAUUCAGACAGUAUUGAACAAAGAAAAAAGGGGGAUUGCUGAUUUAUAGUCUGAAAAACGGACUUUUCCCUGGUGUUUUGGAGUGUGUGUAAUGGGGGGUUUUUUGUGUUGAAUCUUUUCAACAAGGCUUCACAGGACAUGUGUAGCUUUGACAUCAGACUUAAAGCCUCAGAAUCUGUUUGGUAAAUGUAAUAUUAGUUUUGGGUGGUUUUCUUUUUCGUUUUUUCCUAGAAUGUUCAAGAGCCUUAGAGACUCUCAAGUGAUGAUAGCAAGUUUUUUUCUGUGAUGAGAAAGAGAUUGUUCCUUUGAUGGUUCUAAUCACAGUUGGGUUCUGUACCAUGGUUUACAGGUUGUUUCUCCCUCUGACCAGGCAGAGACGCCUAAAGCCUCAAUUUUUUUUGUUUUCGAGAAAUAUAUUCAUUAGACUAGAUGUUACAUUUCUUUACAUUUUUUGUGUGCAUUAGAAUUCAUGUCAGUUUAUAAUAUUUCUCAAAAAGGCUUUGAAAUUUGAGCACUCGGGCUUAUUUGAUGAAAUGGAAAAUAGCCUUAAGUUACUGAUAGGAAAGACAAACAAUGCAAUUUAACUUAAUUUAAGUCAUUUUGAUAAAUUCAUUCAUUUUUUUCCCCUUUGAAAAUGUUUAUCUUCAGCACAAGAAUCGUUAACCACAGCUCAGGACUCGGUGGAAUAUAAAUUUUUAUUCUUGUACACUGCUGAUUUACUCCUUAGUUGUGUAACUGGUGGCUCAGAACUUGUGCCUCGACGCUGUGAUUCUCUCUUCUUAGCACCCAGCUCACUGCGUUACUGGAGAAAGUUCUCUGUGUAUAUUGUGUCAGAUGCACUGUUUUAGUGUGCAAUGUAAUGGCACUGUCCAGGUGCACUGCCAUAGCUUAUCUGUGAUGUUUACAAGUUAAAAUUAUUAAAGUUUUACCUUUUAACUCUAA